AUGGUAAUAGAAGAAGAAACGGAAGAAAAGAGUGUCAAACAGAAUGACCAGACCAAAGUUCAGUGUUUGGAUUGUCUCUGUACUGGCACUCUCAAGCAAACGGAUGAUAAGGUUUACUUAUUUCCCGAAGGAGGUUUUUCCCUACAGUAUCAAUCCACAGUUUCAACACCUGAUUUGGGGAAACGAACUUUCAAGCAAAAAUGCAUAAAGAAGUUCUCCCUAGCGGGUCAUGGAAACGCAACAGCGAAACAAAAGGCAGCAUACUUGACAAAUGCUUUUCUUUUCUGGUUAGGAAUCAUACUUAUAGCACUUAUUUGUAUGGAUUACGACAGCGAAAGAGCUUGCCAGAUAUUCGACGGAGUAUAUGUCAUGACUACGUUUGGAUUAUCUAAAAGGCACUAUGGUGGUGCUAUGGCUUCUUUCAACGGCCGUCCUACCGUUGUGGGUGGACACAACGCGCAAGGCGCUGUAGAGAAAAUGACUGAUGCUGGCUGGACUUCUCUUUCAUCGCACCCUAGGUCUGAGAGUAAUCAAAAAUAA